GAUCACGACCCUCACCGUCUCCUUACAGCACAUCGUCUGCCAGGUCGCUUGCGCAUGUUUAGGAGUUUGCUAGGUGUUACACGGGCCCUGCACCUCUCGCAUCAUAUUGCUCACCCACGACCGCAAAUCUUAUUUCGGCCUGCUUCAACCGCUGCGGCUGUAAAAGCUGCCGAAAAUCUCCAGUCACUUAUUCGCGAGAAAGUGAAUAGAGUCUCGAAUGUGCUAUUGGACAUUACGGCAUAUGCGGACUGGUCUGCAAUCGAAGAGGAGGCGGAGAGUUUGAAGGAUCAGCUGCAAGACGAGAAGUCUUGGGAGGACAAGGCGCAAAUUGCGCAGACGAUGAGGUUUCAGACCCGGCUUGCCCGAGUAGAGAAACAGCUCUCAAGCUAUCGUCAAUUGCGAGCAGCUGUCUCUCAUGUACGUGAACUGGCAGAGUUCGCAGACGCCGAUAUGCAAGAGCAGAUGUUGCCGGAGUUAGAUGAGCUUUUGGAUACAUCACAGAAGACAUUGGUCGCUCUCUGGCUGGCUGGACCUGUCGACGCGAACUCCGCCUACCUCGAUAUACACGCUGGGUCAGGCGGUACGGAAGCCUGUGACUGGGCCUCCAUGCUUGCCAGGAUGUAUACGAGGUGGGCGCACUCACAGAACUACACAGUGGAGGUUUUCGACGAGUCGCUUGGAGACGUUGCAGGAAUCAAGUUUACUACCCUUCUCAUCAACGGUCCAUACGCGUAUGGCUAUGCACAAUACGAAAUGGGCGUGCAUCGUCUAGUGCGUACAUCGCCCUUCGACUCGAAUGGCGCCAGGCAUACGUCUUUCGCCAGUGUCCGAGUAACACCGCACUUUGAAGAAGACUCGCAAGACACAGGAAUUGAAAUAAAACCUGCUGACUUGAAGAUCACAACAAUGCGAAGUCAGGGAGCAGGUGGACAACAUGUCAACAAAACAGAAAGUGCUGUCCGCGUUGUCCACGUCCCGUCCGGUAUAGUUGUAUCAUGCCAACAAGAGCGCAGCCAACAUCAAAACCGAAGACAUGCCCUUGCUCUCUUGAGAUCAAAGCUGUACGAGCUUGAGCAGACCAAAAGAGAGCGAGAAAAGUCAGAUGCUCACGGAUCGCUUCCUGGUAUCUCAUGGGGCUCACAGAUUCGAAGCUACGUUCUGCAUCCGUACCAGCUGGUCAAGGAUAUACGCACAAACUUCGAGGCAACCGGCGGCGGCGUGGACAGGGUGCUUGAUGGUGAACUUAGCGGAUUCAUGGAGGCCAGCCUUCGGACAUUCAGGGCUAAGAGGAAUAAAUGAAAGCCCUGAAAACACUGUACCUCUUCUUCUGCGAAGGCUCUUACGAGUCGCCGUUCUCAAUUACUGAAGUGUUGGUUGACGUGACCGAUGGUCGUCAUUGCACAGAAGCCGAACCUUCACCAUCUCGCUUCCGCUCAAAAUUCGCAUGGCGUCUCGUGCAGGCUUCCGCAACUCCUGUUGUCGGGCUAUUUCGUUCUAUACGACGCUAGUCGAGCCUUUGCGACACGCUAUGUACGUGCGAAAUCACCGAAUGUCGAUGCCAACGGCGAUGGUGAUGGCAAUGGCAAUGAGGUUCAGCAAAACGGACGAUCUCCUCUCACCUCUCCCGCUCCCUUCUCCUCUUCCUGUGCGACUCUUCCCCGCUACUGCCCAUUGUUCCAAUGUCCGUCAGAGUGAACCUGCGUAGACAGCCAGCGGAGAGUGGUGCAGUUGUCGUCGAUGACCAGAGCGAUCGCAUAGGGUAUCUGGGUGAUUGGAUGGAUUUAGGGACUGGGAACCCAGCUAUCUACAACGGGUCACUUAAGGAGCUGGACUCGUCCGGCGGUGGCUUUUUCUUCACGUUCACAGGCACGCAUAAACGUGAGCUUAUCAUCUUCUAUUAGAUUUGACUUUGAACAUAGGAAGCCAAAUUCAAGUUUACGGAGUCGUCCGCGCUAAAGAGAAGGGCACGACCUCGACCUAUUCCCUCGACAAUCAGCAGAUGGACAGUUUCGUAGCACCCGAUUUGACCCAAGAAACGGAUGGCCUAAUGAUGUUUAACUCUGGCACCAUCCCACUCGACACUCACACCCUGACUGUCAGCAUUGACAACGCUUCCGGAGACUCUCCAUAUUUAUUAGACUAUCUCAUCUUUAUUCCCGUGCCUCCCGUCACUUCUGGAGCGUCGCCUAUCCUGAGCUCGAGCUCUGAAGACGUAUCGUCUCCGUCUUCAUCGCCUUCAUCACCAUUAUUGCCAUCUUCUACAUACUCGUCAAGCCGGUCACUAAUCAUUUCCGCACUGUCUGUCAGUGCUUCGCCGGCAUCGAGUUCAUCAUCUCAGACGGAGUCAGGACCAACUGGUUCACUGCACUCCAAUAUUGCGACGUCACGCCCUUCGAACCAUGUCGGUUCGAUUGUUGGAGGAGCGAUUGGUGGUAUCGUAUUCUUGGCCAUACUGUUUAGCCUGUCAGCUUGGCGCUUGAGACAGAGGAAGGCCGCUGAAUCGGAGAGCGAACACAGCACGAUGGAAGGUAUUGACCGUACCUCCGU